GCCGUCUCCUCACGGCCAUGUUUGCGCCACCUACAGCUCGGGACGGAGAGCUUUAUGGCGGCCCCCUUCCCACUCCCGAGGACCCACGACUUGUCCACGUUGCGUGCCAAGUUGCAGGGAUUGUUGAAGUUUUUAAGGGACGCCCUGCCCAUUUCUAACGCACACACGGUGGACUUCUACACAAAGUCUGUAUGGGAAGAAAUGAUCGGCCUGCCGCCAGACACGGUGCUGGCGGCUUUGAGGAAGUCGGCAGCGAGGUCGGAGUGUCCGCCCCCUGACGCGCGCCCCCUGGUGGAUUCGGAAGGGGACUCAGGUAUUACCAAUUUACCCAAAAUAUUUUGUGAGACUUCACAGAAACUACUAAAUGUGGAAGCCUUCACUCUAGCUGCAAAAUACUAUUCUGUACAAAACCUAGGAAUAUGUACUCCUUUUGAACAAUUGCUUAUAGCCCUUCAAGGAAGUAAGCAUCAGAAUAUUGGUAAAAAUAUUACACCAAACGAGUUUAUGAAUAUGAAGAAAUCUCAUGAAGUUCAGGCAAUGUCAGAGCUAAUUUUCAGUAUUGCUGAUUACUAUGGUUUAAAGCAGGUAAUUGAUUUGGGUUCUGGUAAAGGCUACCUAAGCUCCUUUCUGUCCUUGAAGUAUGGCUUAAAAGUUUAUGGAGUUGAUUCUUCAAAUACCAACACUCAUGGAGCUAAGGAGAGAAACAGGAAAUUGAAGAAACAUUGGAAACAUUAUCAUACUCAAUCAAGGAUAGAUGUCAAUGAACUGGCACUAAGAAUGACAAAGGAAAGAAAAGUAAAAACUGAGAUUAAACAUAAAGUAGACAUAGAAGAAGUGUUUGACAGCAGCCCUAGGAACCAAGAAAUGAUAGCUACUUCAGAUAUUUUGACAGAUUAUUCGAGCUCUGUAAUAUCUAACUUUAGAAAACAAAUGGAAAACCUACAGGUUCAACCACAUGAAGAAGAAAAUUUGAGUUUUGAAAAUGACUUUCCUCUCAUAGACCUUUUGCCUAUCAAUGCCAUAGAGCCAAAUUCUUCAUUACAGAUACCCAACAGAGAAAUGUCUGAAGCACAUAAAGCAAGAAGGAAAAUGACUUCAAAAUCAAAUGAACCAUGUAUAUAUUCACCUUUAACCUCUUUUAUCACAGCUGAUUCAGAACUACAUGACAUUAUUAAAGAUCUGGAGGAUUGUUUAAUGGUGGGUUUGCAUACCUGUGGUGAUCUUGCUCCAAAUACUCUGCGGAUAUUUACUUCCAAGUCUGAAGUCAAAGGAGUUUGUAGUGUGGGUUGCUGCUACCACCUCUUAUCUGAAGAGUUUGAAGACCAACCCAAAGAAUGUCCUCAAGAAAAGUGGGGAUUUCCAAUGUGCAGCUAUUUGAAGGAAGAGAGAUGGUGCUGUGGUCGUAAUGCCAGAAUGUCAGCCUGUUUGGCAUUGGAGCGGGUUGCAGUUGGCCAAGGGCUGCCUACUGAAUCACUCUUCUACCGUGCUGUUCUCCAGGAUAUUAUUAAAGAUUGUUUUGGCAUCACCAAAUGUGAUCAGCAUAUUGGGAAAAUUUAUUCCAAAUGUUCUUCCUUCCUGGAUUAUGUCAGAAAGUCUUUGAGGAAGCUUGGAUUAGAUGAAUCUAAGCUGCCAGAAAAAAUUAUAAUGGAGUACUAUGACAAAUAUAAGCCACGAAUGAAUGAACUGGAAGCAUUUAAUAUGUUGAAAGUUGUUCUGGCUCCUUGUAUAGAGACAUUGUUUCUUCUGGAUAGACUUUGUUACCUGAAGGAGCAGGAAGAUAUUGCGUGGUCUACACUUGUGAAGCUGUUCGAUCCUGUGACAUCACCCAGAUGUUAUGCUGUUAUUGCGCUGAAGAAGCAGCAAUGACUUAGUGGAAGCAAGUUUUUAGUUGUGUUUGUUUCUGGGACUUGUUGAUGAGAUUGCUUUACUGAACAUUUAUGUCUUAUUAUCUAGGUGUUUUAAAAUAAUUGCUUUAUAUUUUAAAUAAUAAAAUAAUUGAUCAUGAAAAAUAUCAUACUAUUUUUACACUGUAAAAGCAUAAGUUAAUAAAUUUAGAUGUGAUGAAAUACAAAAAAGAGUUG